AUGGAACACAUAGACUAUAUUUCGAAGGUGAAAUCUCUAAAAAGGGAUGGACUCUUUAAAGGGAAGAGGAUUCGAAGCAUGGAGAUGGACUCUAAAGAGAGGAUGAUCCUAGACGAAUGGACCCCAGAGUGGGAUAAAAAACCUGGAUAUGGGAGAGGAAUCUAUGAGGAGGGAUGGACCCCUAGAGAGAAAUGGAGGAACUCGAACAUGAAGAAGGAAUCCUUAAGAAGGGAUGGAAGAAUCCUUAAAGAUGGAUGGAGGAAUCCGAACGUAAGAGAGGAAUCUCCGAGGAGGUAUGGAUCCUUCGAAAGGGAUGAAGGAUCUCAAACAUGGGAGAGAAAUCCACGAGGAGGGAUAGACCUCCAAGAAAGAGAGAUGGAGCAAACCCAAACAUGA